AUGGCUACCGGAAAUUCCGCCAAAAUCACCGACUGGGUGAACCCCGCCGACAAGUCAGGCGAGUUCAAACGUCAGCAAUCCGUAUUCCGUAACUGGAUCUCGAGAGAGGCUGGCGCCCAAUUCCCUCCCGAGAAGGGCCGGUACCAUCUCUAUGUCUCAUAUGCCUGUCCGUGGGCUCACCGGACUUUGAUUACUCGAAAGCUCAAGGGCCUUGAGGACUUUAUUUCUUUCUCAUCGGUGCACUGGCAUUUGGGAGAACAUGGCUGGCGAUUCCCUACUGCUGAUGAGAAGCUGCCGGGCGAGAACGCCAUCCCUGAUCCUCUGCACGCGGAGUUCACCCACAUCCGCCAGGUCUACUUCUCCAAUGACCCGGACUACACAGGCCGAUUUACCGUCCCAGUCCUCUUUGACAAGAAGACAAAGCUGAUCGUCAGCAACGAGAGUGCCGAGAUUAUCCGCAUGCUCUACCACGAAUUUGAUGAUCUGCUCCCAGAAUCAUUCAAGAAAGUGGAGCUCUUCCCCAAGGCGCUGCAAGCUGACAUCGACGCAUCCAACGAAUGGAUCUACAAUGACGUCAAUAACGGCGUGUACAAGUCCGGCUUUGCAACCACGCAAGAAGCCUAUGAAAAGGCCGUGACAACGCUUUUCGGCUCGCUCGACAAGAUCGAAGCUCAUCUUGUCAAGCAGCAGGCUGCCUCGAAGCCCUAUUUCUUUGGCGACGAGAUCACCGAGGCUGAUAUCAGACUCUUCACUACUAUCAUCCGUUUUGAUCCCGUCUAUGUGCAGCAUUUCAAGUGCAAUCUUCGCGAUAUCCGUUCGGGAUACCCGGCUAUCCACCGCUGGGUUCGCACGCUCUACUGGGAUGUUCCCGCUUUCCGGGAUACCACUGAGUUUGAGCAUAUCAAGUUCCAUUACACUAAGAGUCACAAGCAAAUUAAUCAGUUUGCUAUUACUCCCCUUGGACCUGUUCCUGAUAUUCUUCCUAAGGAUGAAGAGGUCAAGGCUGUGCGGGCAGCUAACUAA